AUGAAGAUCAAGGCCAUUUCUCGGAGCGUGGAGGCCUACCAGCCUCCAGGCGCAAACGCGCAAAAGCUUCCUCGCAACCUCGAUCCCGCCCAGCACCCUAUGGAGCGCGCCAGAGAGUACACCAAAGCCCUGAACGCUGUCAAGCUCGAGCGCAUGCAUGCCGCACCUUUCAUCGGACAGAUGGGCAGCGGCCAUGUCGAAGGAGUUUACUCGAUGGCCAAAGAUCCGAACUCUCUCAAGCACAUGGCAUCGGCCAGUGCCGACGGUGUGAUCAAAGCUUUCGACCUGACGAGCCGAGCCGAGAUUUGGCAGACGAAGAGCGCCCAUUCCAACAUCGUACGAAGUCUCUGCUGGACGAAGGACGGAAAGCUUCUGAGUGCUGCGGCGGACAAGACCAUCAAACUCUGGGAUCCCUACAACACGCCUGGCGAUUCUCCGCCGAUCUCCUCAUGGCUGGGUACGAAUGGUUUCCUCAGCUUGUCCCACCACCGAACGCGAAACGCCUUUGCAGCCUCGUCUUCCUCCAGUGAGAUCGCUAUUUACGACCUCGAGCGACAGAGUGCGGCGCCCGAGGUGCUGCGCUGGCCGAACGCGACCGACUCUAUCAACUGUGUUUCCUUUAACCAGGUCGAGCAAUCCGUUCUAGGAAGUACAGGCGACGACAGGAGUAUCGUCCUCUGGGACGUCCGUACUGCGAUGCCCUUGACCAAGACGACGAUGACGUUUACCUGCAACUCUCUCGCCUGGAACCCGAUGGAAGCCUUCAACUUUGUCGUUGGUAGCGAAGACCAUAACUGCUACAUGUUCGACAUGCGCAAGAUGGACAGAGCGCUCAACGUCUUCAAGGGCCACGUUGCCGCCGUCAUGAGCGUCGAGUUUAGCCCGACAGGUGAAGAAUUGGUUUCCGGAUCUUACGACCGAACAGUGCGCAUCUGGAACCGCGAUCAAGGACACUCCCGCGACAUGUACCACACCAAGCGCAUGCAGAGGGUGUUCAGCACCAUGUUCUCCCCCGAUUCGAAGUAUGUUCUCAGUGGUUCCGACGACGGUAACGUCCGUGUCUGGAGAAGCAACGCCACGGACAGAUCAGGCAUCCGAUCCGCCAAGCAGAGACAGGCGCUCGAGUACAAUGAGGCCCUGGUUGAGCGAUAUAGCCACAUGCCGGAGGUCAGACGUAUCAAGAAGCACCGUCACCUGCCCAAGGUUAUCAAGAAGGCGGGCGAGAUCAAGAACAUUGAGCUCUCGUCAAUCAAGAGGCGCGAGGAGAACGAGCGCAGGCACACCAAGAAGCAGUUCGAGAGGCGGAAGGGCGAGAGAGAAAAGCAGAUCUUGGCCCGGGAGAAGUAG